AUGCAUAAAUGUUAUUUACUUUUAUAAAAACAUAAUGCUACUAAUUCAUAAAAAUAAUCUUUAAAAUUAAAAUAUUUUAUUGAGAAAUAGAUACCUCUUUUUAUAGCUUUACUUGUUUAUUUGUUUGAUUGCUUGCGCUUGCUUAUUUUUUAAAAAUAAUUUAAAUUUUAUAGUACGAAUUGCAUCAAAAAAAAGCAAAAAGAAAAAGAUAUGGCUUACAUAAAUUAAAGGAAAGAAAUAAGGUUUAAAAAAACAAAAAAAGUAAAUAUUUUAUAAUAUCUAAUUAAUAAAAUGAAAGAAUGUGAAGAUGCUUUACUUAUUUCUUCAAAUACAGAAGAUUCAAGGAAACAAAAAUGGUAAAUACAAUUAAAGAGAAAAGGAUAUCAUAAUUAAAUUGUUUUAUGCAUGGAUACUCAAUAACUUUUAAUAACUCAAACUGAAUUAGUUUCAAUUAUCACUGUAUUAAUAUCAUAUAAUUAACUUUUUCAAAGAUAAAUUUAUAAAUUUGUAUUCAAUUAUAUUUAAUUAAUUAAUAAAUGCAUGCAUGAAUUAUAUAUUAUCAUAAAUCAGUAUUUGUGUUUAACUAGACUUAUGAUUUUGUGGUCUUAAUUUUAUUUUAUGUAAGAUUUUCUGUUCUAUUUUUUACAUUUAAUCAAACGAAUCUAAUAAAUCUUUAAUUAAACUCUAUACGCAGAUAUAUUUCUCUCUAAUUAGAUGAUCUUUUGCCUAAUUAAAAAGUAAAAGGUAAUAAAGAAACUUUAAAUGUUUUUUGUUUGA